GUGCGUUGGCAAGGGCCUCGAAAAUGUCUCUUUCUUGUUGCGGUCAAGCGAGUGAGUGAGUAUAAGUGGUGAGUGAAUCGAUGGAUGUGUUUUCAUAUUAUCUACUACGAGUGAUCAAGUUCUAAUCGAAUUGCGUAGAAAAGUCGGUCGUGAUUAUUUCGAUAAUAAGCCUAAUCCUUGCGAAGAUUAAUCAGGAGUGUCUCGGUGUUGUUACCAGUUGAGGAGCGAGCCUUCUGCGACUACUGUGAAGUGUGAUGUGUGGUGUGGCCCAUACCUACAUACCCAUUUCAAUUCAGCAAAUCGUCACCAUCAGAGUAACCCGCAUAAGCAGAAGCAACAUCAUCUAGAUCUAGUGUAGUGACCAGUGGUCAGUCCAGGUCUGCUCUGAUCAUUACACAUUUGUGCAAGUCCUAGUCCAAGUAGGCAGCAUCAGUGCAGUGACACUAAAUGGUAAGGCUACUUCGAUCAAGUCACGAACAUAGGCGCAGCAUAUCGCUGUAGGAAAGAAAGUGCAACUAUUCACGAAAAUGGUGACUGAUCAGACAUAUUGUCUUGGUGGUUCGAAGAAGGGAAAAUAGGGAAUAGAAAGGUGAGUCAGUGCAUGACGAACAGAAGCUAAAGGGAGGACAACAGAAAAGUGUAGACAUAGAGAGAAAAAGUGUGCGAUGAGCAAAGAGGACACUGACGACGGAAAGUAGAGUGUGGGGUACCCUCCUACGUAUAGAGGUACUGGUUUCAGCAGCCUCAGACAAUCUUUCGUCGUUCUUUAGUGGUGGAAAAUUGCUGCCCUGGACGAAAAGCAUAUCGUGAACACAAAGUGUCGAAAGUGAUACACUUUCAGUUUCAUUUGGGAUAAGGUGGAUUAAGAACAUGGGGCGAAUCGAUAGCAAACGAGUUCUGGAUACGUAUUAAGUAAUUCGAAGAAGUAAAUGAAAACAGUGAACUUGAAACCAGAAGGAAAUCAAUUCGACGAGAAUCGAAAGUGGAGAGUGAAAAGCAGUGAUAGUCGAGGGGUGGGCGGGCUUUGAACUAUCAUCAUACAAGAAGAACAGGAACUAAGUGACACAGACGAUGGCCCACUUCCGGAAGCAUCCCGAGGUGAACGUCCUCGGACAUUUGGUCAGCCGGCAGCUGGGUGACAAUGUGGACAACUUUCGGAACAAUCUGUUCCACGAGCGACUGCGGAUCGCCAGGAACCUCUACAAGAAGGACCUGGUGUCGCACUACGGUUGUGUCAACGCCAUCGAGUUCAGCCAGGAGGGUGAACUGCUCGUUUCCGGUGGGGACGACCGCCGUGUGCUGCUAUGGCACGUGGACAAAGCCAUCCUGGAGAAGGAUCUCCCGGUUGCCAUGAACAAGCAACACUUGAGCAACAUAUUCUGCCUGGGACUUGACUCCCGCAACCAUCGGAUCUUCUCCGGGGGCAACGAUGACGUGGUCAUCGUCCAUGACACACAAACGUCGAAUCCGUCGAUGUGUUCCUGGCACAGCAAACCGGUCUACGGCCUGUCGAUCGAUCCCUCGAACGAAAGCGUGUUCGCCACGGCCGGCGAGGACGGCAAGAUUUUGAUCUUCGAUCUGCGGGACAGUUCGGAUGUGAUGUGCGUUUCGAGAUGCCGCUCGCCAUACCACGCCGUAAUGCACCAUCCCUACGAUAAGGGGUUCAUCGUGACGGCCAACGCCAAGGAGGGUGCGGCCCUGUGGGAUCUGCGAUCACCGAAACUUCCGACCAUUCGAUACGGAGGGGAGAAUGCCGCGCAGAGCUGUAUGAGCGUGCGGUUCAACAGCUUGGGGACGCAAGUGCUGGCACUGAGGAGACGUCUUCCACCGAUAUUGUAUUCGACGGGUUCAGCGGAACCUAUCUGCCAGUUCUACCAUCAGGAUUACUACAAUUCCUGUACGAUGAAGAGUUGUUGCUUCGCCGGGGAGAACGAUCAGUUUGUACUAUCCGGGUCGGACGAUUUCAACUUGUAUGUGUGGCGAGUGACGGACGCGGAUGUUACGGAUACCGAUCAGUGGGUCGAUCAAAAUCAGAUGGUCCUGUAUGGGCAUCGAUCGAUUGUGAAUCAGGUGCGGUAUAACCCACAGAAGUGCUUGAUCGCGUCGUCCGGCGUGGAGAAGAUCGUUAAGCUGUGGACGCCAUUUGAGCUGAACACGUGGCGUGGGAGUUUAACCGAGGAAGCCACGGGUCCAGAGAAUCCAGAGAAAGUGUUCACCAACGAGGAAUACAUUUCGUUGAACAUGACCCACGAUUACAGUCAUCAAUCGACGAUGGAAGAUCCCAGGAUGAUGGCAUUCUUCGACUACCUUGUACAGCAGGAGAUCGAAGGAUGGAAUACCGAGACUUUCGGAUCAGACAUCGGAGCACAGUUCGGACGAGAAUGAGUCAUCUCGUCCGGAUACGACGCAAACCUCCGAUACGGAAUCGGUUCAGAACUAUAUUCCCCUGAGGGGUCAACAGCCGAACCGGAGAGGCGACGUGGCCCAACGGACAAAGUAUCGCAACCGGAUUGCGUAUCUCAUUGCCACCAAACGGAAUCGGUUGAAACGCCUGGCGUUGAAAACGGCAAACACUAGGGCUCCGAAUCGCAGGACGAUCACAAAGGCCAAGUACGGAUUGCGGAAUCAACCUAAGCGACCGGGAUUGGGGGCGUUGCGUACCACGAGGAAGGGCAUCGGCAAAACGGAAUCGACGGCUCAGUACCAGCAAG